CUAAAACAUAGUCAGAGUUCUUUGCUGUCAAUAUGGCUUGCAACAUACAGGAGGAAAAUUAUUUACAGCAGUUUAUUUGCACAGCUUGCCUUGGGCUUUGCAAAACUCCAGUAAUGCUGGAUUGUGGGCACCAGCUCUGUAGGCCUUGCAUUAACAAGCUGUGGCAUAAUUCAACAAAACCUUCCUGUCCUGAAUGUAGACAGGAACUUCCCAAGAAGAAGUACACCGUAAAUCAGCUAUUGGCUGACAUGGUUCUGAAAUCUGCAAAACUGAAUAUGGGACAUACAAAAAUAAAAACAGACUGCAGGAAGACAGAAAAAGCAGACUGCAUGGAGAAAGUAAACACAGACUGCAGGGAGAAAGAAAAAACAGACUGCUCUGAGAAAUCUAAAGCAGACUGCAGGAAGAAAGAAAAAGCAAACUUCAGGGAGACGGCAAAAGCAGGCUGCAGUGAGAAAGUAAAACCAGACUGCAGGGAGAAAGAACAGAUGCAGAGUCUGUGUGCUGAAAGUGAGAGGACAGAGCAGUGUUGUGGGGUGCACAGACAGCGACUGGAAUUGUUCUGCCAGGAGGAUGAAACCUUUAUCUGUGUGCUGUGUGUCCCCAGGCAUUCAAGCCACAGUUUUGUGUUCCUUCAUGAAGCAUUCAGCAUGUAUAAGGAAAAACUGAAAAUGACACUCUCAGCUCUAGAAUCCAGAGUUCAGGCCCUUAAACGUUUACAAAAGAAGGAGGAGAAGGAGCUUGCAGACAUACGUAGGGAUACCCGCAGUUUAAAACAAUACGUCACACAAGAAUUUGUGAAACUGCACCAGUUUCUCAAUGUCAAGGAACAACAACUACUCCAACAACUCAGGAAUAAAGAAGCAAAGAUUCAGAAAGAAAUGGAAUUAAAUCUUGGAUGCAUUAGAAGUGAUGUAGUUGCUACCAGCAGUUUGGUGCCUGAUAACCUGGAGCCUAUGAAUAAAGAAGCAGAGAUUCAGGAAGAGACUGAAAAACAUCUUGAAGAAAUUAAACGUGAUAAUUUGAUUAGCCAAAAUUCUGUGUAUUAUGCUAAAGCAGUGCUCAAGAAAGAAGCAGAGAGUGUGGAAGAGAGGGAGCAAAAUCUUGACCGUAUUAAAACUGAUUUUACUGUCAUCCAAACAAUAGCAUCUGAUGGGAAUUUGGAUGUAAAGAAAGAAGUGACACUCCUGGAAGAGAUGACAGAAACUCCUGAAGGCAUUAAACAUAACAUUGUUCUCACUCAGGGGUCACUGCCUCAUAUCAACUUGGAACUUAAGAAAGAAGACGCCAAAGAAAACAUUGAAUACUUUAGAAAUUACAGUGUGAUCAAAACGGAAGAGGUAUCUGAAACGCACUUGGAACGCAAGAAAGAAGAAGAGAUUCCAAGAGAGAGGAAAGACGAUGUUGACUGUAUUAAAAAUAAUGUUAUGGAAGCCCAGAACAUACUUUGUUAUGCUAAUGCAGUAAUCAAGGAAGAAGAAGUCGAGAUUCCAGAAGAGAUGGCAAGAAAUACUGACUGCACAAAAAAUGACAUUACGCCCACACAGGAGACGGUGCCUAAUGUCAAAUUGGAGCUUGACGAUCUGGAUUCCAGUGGAUUUCUGACAGUUCCCGACACCUUCUGUACUGUUACUGUCAAAGAAGAAGACAGGAAAGGUGACGAAGAACUUGUAAGAGAUGUGACGAUGCAAAAUUGUGAAACGUUGGAUACUAUAGGUGUACGAAAUCCAGAGUGCAGUGAGAAAUUCAAUCAACAGUCAUUAUUUGGGACAACUCAGUCACAUCACCCUACAGAAACCUUGCAGUGUGCAGAGUCUGAGAAGGACUACAACUUGCUUCAUGUUGCUGUUGUACCACAGCUUCACUUAGAACACAAGCUGAGCAAGAAUUCUAAAUCUGAUACAAGCCAGAAACCUUGUAAUCAAACAAAACUAUGUAAAUGUGCCAAAUGCAGUAAGUGUUUUACACAGACAGGAAACGUAGUAUGCCAUCAGGCUGCUCACACAAGACAGAAACCAUAUAAAUGUCCUGAAUGUGGUAAGUGCUUUGCUCAACGGAAAAGCCUAGUUUAUCACCAGAUCAUUCACACUGGGACAAAUCCAUAUAAAUGUGACGAAUGCGGUAAGGAGUUCAUACUUGCUCGUAAUCUUAAAAGGCAUAUUGCCAUUCACAAAAGCUGGAAAUCACCCCAAUGUACUGAAUGCAAUAAGUAUUUCAAAAGUCUCAGUAGUCUUAGAAGGCAUAUGGCCAUACACAGGGGAGAAAAACCACAUAAAUGUGCUGAAUGUAACAGGUGCUUUACCCAAAGAGGUGAUCUCCUCAAGCAUCUUCGAAUUCACAAGGGAGAAAAACGGUACAAGUGUUCUGACUGCAGCAGGUGUUUUGUAGACAGAGGUGGCCUAAUAUACCAUCAGAUCAGUCAUACAGAGGUGCGACCAUAUAAGUGUGAUGUGUGUGGCAAGUGUUUUAAAUGUAGCAGCACACUUGUACGCCAUCGGUUCAUUCAUACAGGGCUAAAGCCAUUCAAUUGCUCUGAAUGCGGUAAGGCUUUUGCAUUUAAGAGAUCUCUUGCAGCUCAUCAAACUAUUCACACAAGUGAGAAACCCCGUGAGAAACAAUAUAAAUGUUCUGAAUGCAAUAAAAGCUUUACAUAUCCAGGUCAGCUGAAAGGCCAUGUAGCAACUCAUAGGGAAGACUAUCACAGGGAAAAGGUGCUGCACAAGUGCUCUGAAUGCAGUAAAUGUUUCACAUCUCGUGCCAGUCUUCAAAGCCAUCAGGCCAUUCACACAGGGGCCAGACCUCAUAAAUGUGUCGAGUGCAGCAAGUCCUUCAUACGUCGAAAUUCACUUCUGAGGCAUCAACGAAUUCACAGGGGAGAAAGACCAUAUAAAUGUGCAGAGUGCAGUAAAUCUUUUACAGAUCGAGCAAGCCUGGUAUACCAUCAGGGCAGUCACAUAACAGAGAAACGAUACAAAUGUACAGAAUGUGAUAUGUCGUUCCAGUGCAGCACUCAGCUUAAACGCCAUCAAGUUUUUCACACAGGGGAUAAACCAUACAAAUGUUUUAAAUGCCGUAAGUGUUUCACACAGCUGGGUACAUUUAAAAAACAUCAAGCCAUUCACACUUAAUCAUUCAGAUAAAAUUUUAAACCAAGAUAUCAUCUAAAUUGGGAAAAUGAGCAAACAAAAAUAACUUUCAAAUAUACUUAAAUAAUAAACAAGAUUACCAGAAUGCAUAACCUCAUAAACUACAGGAGUCGAUCCAGGGAAUGUGGAGAAGACAGAAGAGAACUCUCCUGAGAGACCUCAAAACAAAAAAUACUGAUGUUCUUCAUGUUUCACUGUUGCAGUCAUCACACUUGGGUAUCUGCCUGCAGGUAGCCCUCAGUC